AUGGAGCAGGACUGUGAGAAGCAGCUGUUAUUUGACCUGGUGUUAAAGUUAACUCCAGUGCUGUAUCUACCUGGGGAUUAUAUCUGUAAGAAGGGAGAAGUAGGCACAGAGAUGUACAUCCUGAAGCAAGGGCAGGUGGAAGUGGUCAGUGCUGAUGGCUUGGUACUGGCCACACUCAGCGAGGGAAGUGUCUUUGGAGAAAUCAGUCUUCUGGCCCUUGCUGGUGGUAAUCGCAGGACAGCUGAUGUUCGCUCCAAGGGUUUCUCCAACUUGUUCAUCCUCUCCAAGGAAGACUUCAAUGCAGCAAUGAGUGACUACCCCAAGGCUCAGAAGAUAUUAAAGAAAAAAGCAGUGAAAUUGCUUCAUCAGAAUGCUAAACUCCAGAAUGACCAGGGGGAAACAGAGGCCACAGAAAUCAUUAAGGAAAGGGAAGGCACACCUCGACUUCUUAAGACAGUCAUUCAGGUUGUUCAGCCAGAUUCCAAAGUGGCCCAAAUGCUGACCAAACCUAGUUCUAAGGGCAAAGGCAAGGGGAAAACUUCUGGGGGAAAGGACACAGAGAAGAAUGGACAAAAAGGCUUAGAAUUACGUCCACCUCAAACCCUGAAGACAAUCAAAACAAUGGCUCAUGGAGAAAAUGGGGAAAUCACCUUGAAGAUAAAGAGCACUGUUCAAUCUGAGAAUUCAGAGAAUUCUUUAAAAGAAGAGGAUGAGCUUUCAACUCCAUUUGCAUCACCGGGAUCAGAUGUCAAGCCACUUUUGAAACAGGAAAGCAGGCAAGAAUCUGGACUGACAAAAGCAGACAGUUCCAGUGAUAGUACUGACUCAGGUCUCCCAGGCACUCAGGAGAUGACACAGGACCGUCACCAUGACAACCUCACACUAACAGUCACUGACCUGACAGCCCUCAGUGACCAGUUAGAUACUGCAGAACAAAAUACUUCUGUGGAAACAACAAAGACGUUACCCAAGCGCCCAAACACAGCUCCUGUAAAGAGUGUUCGUACUACAUGGUCUAACCCCAAGUCCAGCUCUGACACCAACAUCACAUACCUGCCCAACAUUCCUGACUGUGGAGAAGACACUACUACUAAGAAUACCAUCACCUGCAGAGUGGACGUCCACCAUGAGAAGAGUUGGUCACCAUCAAUAUGUGGUCAAGCAGCAGACAAGGGGAUAGAUAACUUUGCAUUUAUUGAAUCCUUCAGUCACAGUAGUCACUUGAAGGAGGCUGCUGAGGCGGAAACAGAAUUCUGAGGACUGCAUCAAAAUAAAAAUGCUGAACUUAGACAAUUGUUAUUCACAACAAAUGUCUUUGUAUCUCUUCAUGUAAAACCAAUUCCCUACACCAAAUUCACUGUCUAGGCAAUUUAUGUAAACCAAACAAUAUCACAAUUUUGUAGCAGGAAAUCCAUAACACAUCAUGAUUUUUCUCACACAAUUCUGAAUGAAAUGUACAGAUGGGUUUGGCAAUAUUCACUUAAUCUGUAUUUUAAUCAUAUAAUACAAAUUUAUAAAUUGAUAUUAUGAUUGGAUAUUUUUGAGGUUUAUAACUUAGACACUGCAGAACGUAUCAAUUUAAAACUUUAAUUUUUUAAUCUCAAACAAAACCUGUUGCACUGACUUCACUUUGAUAGAAGCAGAAAGCAAGAACAUUGUAUCACACAAAGUCCUUGGUACUAUAACUAAUUUGUGAUGUUCUGGAAAGCAGUGACAAGAACAUUUCAAAUGCUCAAAUUGCAGUCAUAUUUAUUCUAUAAUUGGGAUUUAAAAAAAUAAGAUAUCAAUUUUCAGGACGGUAUAAAUUGUCUUUAAAUAUUUUUCAGUAAAAAUGAUAUGUAGAUAUCACGGUGACUCAGUACACUAUGUGAGCAUGUUACAGGAAGAUGAACAUGUAGAUCCUACAGCUUGUAUGUAUUCAUGGUACUUAGUGCACUAAAAUGAAUAAAUAAACAUGUAGAUCCUA